UUGCAAAUAAAACCUGGCUCUCAUUUUAUUAUUAAGUUUCAUAUUUAAUGUUCAAGAACUAUGAAAUUAACUAUGUUAAUGUCCUUUUCUUUUGUUUCAUUAGCUGUGUUUUGUGAUUUUUAUAACCCUGAUGGAGAGUGUGAAUGGCACUACGAGCCUUGUGGAAAACCAUGCAUGAAAACAUGCCGGAAUCCCUCAGGAAUAUGCUACAACAAAAUUCCACCAUUAGAAGGUUGCUAUCCAAGAUGUCCCCCUGAAAGACCUUAUUUGGAACAAGCUACCAUGAAGUGUGUAUCAAAGGAGGAAUGUGGCUGCUAUGACGAUGAAGGGAAUCAUUAUGAGGAAGGGAAGCGUAUACCAUCAAAGGAAAAUUGUCACCAGUGUUUUUGCUCUUCAACAAAGGUAGACUGCAGCUAUGCUGUCCAAGCUUGCACUUGUACACAUAAAGGACGUAUAUACAAGUAUGGAGAUAAGAUCUAUGAAACACAUGAUGGAGAUGGAACCUGUAUCUCUGCUGUUUGUGGAAAAAAUGGGACUACUAUCAGAGAAAUAACACCUUGCACUACAACUCCACCCACCCAGACAUCGACAACAACAGCCUUUAUUUUCAGCACAACUGAAAAACCAAUCACAACAUCCACUGAAAUGACCAUGAAAACAACAAAUCGAAUCUCUACCACUCCAAGUGUCACAACUGAAAAACCAACAGUGACAGAAAGUCCCACUACUACAACCACAAUCACAGAAAAAUCCACCACAGCACCCACAGAAAAGACUACUACUUCAGCGACAACAGGAAAACCUAUCACCACCACAAAAACACAAUCAACAGCAGCCACAGAAAAGACUACUACUUCAGCAACAACAGAAAAACCCAUCACCACAACUCCCAAAUCAACAGCAACCACAGAAAAGCCUUCCACUGUCAUAUUAACCACAACAAAACCCAGCACAACAUCCACUAAUUGCUUUGUUUGUAAGUGGUCAGACUGGACAAGUAAUGGUUACCCUGACACUAACCCAGAUGGUGGAGAGUAUGAAACCUUAGACAAAAUUACCGAUCCAGAUCUAAAUACUUGCAGUAGACCAUUGGAAAUAGAAUGUAGAGCAACACAAUACAAAGACGUACCUUUGAAUGAACUAGAUCAGAAAGUAACAUGCAAUCCAGUAGAUGGACUGAUCUGUCAUAACAAAGAUCAAAGUGUACCUUUUACUUGUUUUGACUAUGAAAUACGAGUCAAAUGUUGCAUCAAUAUGUGUAAGUCUUCAACCACUGUUACAACUUCAUCAACAACAACCAAAGAAACAGCAGCCACAGAAAAGCCCAGUACCAAAGCUCCCACAACUACUGAAAAACCAACAGUGACAGAAAGUCCCACUACUACAACCAAAAUCACGGAAAAAUCCACCACAGCACCCACAGAAAAGACUACUACUUCAGCGACAACAGGAAAACCUAUCACCACCACAACAACCCAGUCAACAGCAGUCACAGAAAAGCCCAGUACCAAAUCCCCCACAACCACUGAAAAACCAACAGUGACAGAAAGUCCCACUACUACAACCACAAUCACAGAAAAAUCCACCACAGCACCCACAGAAAAGACUACUACUUCAGCGACAACAGGAAAACCUAUCACCACCACAACAACCCAGUCAACAGCAGCCACAGAAAAGCCCAGUACCAAAGCUCCCACAACUACUGAAAAACCAACAGUGACAGAAAGUCCCACUACUACAACCACAAUCACAGAAAAAUCCACCACAGCACCCACAGAAAAGACUACUACUUCAGCGACAACAGGA